UUCCUAGUGGGCAAAGUAGGCGCCAUCUUGUAAUGUAGUGUCCAGGUCUCUUACAAACAUGCUUCGAGAUCGUCGUCACAGGAAGUGACAUAGUAUCUCUCAUUUCCAGAAACGCUAACUUAUAAUAUCGUCGCUUCACCCAUUUCUUACUCUGAAUGCAUGUACAGCUUUCAGAGUUUACAGAGCAGCGUUUUAACUCCGCUUUGUCUUUGUUACAAAGGAGGUGUUCGCAUCCACUUAUGAUUACGUGGUUAAACGUAACCUGCUGACGUUAAGUAACGUUAGUAGUAAACAUUCUGGUAGCCUGUAGUAAUUUUUCAUCUUAAUUCUGUAUCAGUCUGAAGCUUUUCGUUAACAUGAUGAACUAUUCUGACUAUGACUCUGAUGGAUAUUCGUCUAACGAAGAUGCCGACUACGUCCCAUCAGAUGACAACCUCAGUGAGGAUGACAUUAAUGAGUGUGAAAAGGAAGAUCCUCUGCAUGAGGAUGAUGAUGUGCCACAUCCUGACAAUGUCAGCAAGAGGAAGGGGAAGAAAAAGGACAUCAGUGUGAGAAAAAGGAAGAAAAGAGUACUGAAAGUAGAGAUGGAGGUGAAGGGUGGAGGCAGAGCAGAAGAGGUCCAGCUACGAGAGGAAGAGGAAGGAAAACCCGCUCAAGUAGAGGAGGAAGAUGAAGCAAGACUGAAGAAAAAGUCAGAUGACCUCUGGGCGAGUUUCCUGUCUGAUGUUGGAUCCAGAUCCAAAGACUCCACACCCACCUCACAGUCAAGUACCACACAGAAGGUUGCACCUUUGAGGACAGAAACCAAAGCAUCAGAACCUGCUAAAGUCACCAUCACUAAAGUUUUUGACUUCGCUGGAGAAGAAAUUAGGAUGAAUAAAGAGGUAUCAGCAGACUCCAGAGAAGCUAGAAAUUAUCUGAAGAGCCAGAACACCGAGCAGGAGGAGAAUGAAGAUGAAGAAAACAGCUCAUCGCCCAGCCAGCCACCUGGUCCUGGCCCCAGCGCCAAGCGACCAGCAGGGAUGUCGAGCAUCCUGAGUCGUAUUGGGGGGAAAAAACAGAAGAUGAGCACACUGGAAAAGUCUAAGAUGGACUGGGAUGCCUUUAAAUCGGAGGAGGGGAUCUCAGAGGAGUUGGCCAUUCACAACAGAGGCAAAGAGGGGUUUGUGGAGCGGAAGAACUUCUUGGAGCGAGUCGACCACCGCCAGUUUGAGCUAGAAAAAGCAGUGCGACUAAGCAACAUGAAACAAUGACACAGACACAGACUGACAUUGCACGCACACACACACACACACACACACACACAGUAGAGCAGAUGUUUAGACCUCCUGUGUUUCCCUUCUCUCUAUAAUGACAGAGUUGCUGCUCUCCCAGAAAGGGGAGCUCAGUUUGGUGCUGUGGCUCGAGCUUAUUUCAGGACGUGCGUAUUAAUAGGCUGAGUCAGUGUAAUGGUAGUGUGUUGAGUGUUCCUGCACCACCAUCCUGGUGAGAACCAAUCUGAGCUUCAAACAUUCACACUGAGGACAUUUUUGUCCAGUGAGAUCACUCUUUCUUGUUUCCUCAAGGGGCUGAUUUAGGAACAGCACUUUUUGGUUUAAGAAUAAUUACAUUUUAUUACAGUUUUUGUCUUAAUUUGUAGUUCUGGCCAAUAUUUCUGUCUGCAUUUAUAACAUUAUACUCACCAAGUUAAUAGGUGAGGUGUGGGAGCUGGUGUCAUUAAAAACAUUUUUGACAGGUCAAGAAAUGCAAGCAGUCAGAUUUUUGUUGAAGUAAACCAAAAUGAUACUUUAGAGCUUAAAGGAUAAAGCUGGUUGUUUUCUCUUUUAACAGUAUUGUGAUACGUUUUCUCAUUACAACACAAAACACCCUUAUACUGUAUUUGUUAAGAAUGUCCAGAGAUCUCGUGCAUGGGCCCUUGACCCUUGGUAACUUCAGGUGCUAUAAAAAGUUAAGGCUGUUUUGAGCCUUUGGGGCGGCAUAAAAAUAAAAAAAAAUUCAGGGUCUGAUGUUUUAUACAGAGGAAACAUGUCAACCAGUGUAGCGAUGUGUUUCACUGGAGUAUUUUAGUGGUUUUUGAACAACAAUAGAGGUCUAAAAUACAGAGGAACAAGCUGAUCCAGGAGUGACAGAUUGAUGGACAUUAAUCAUGAGUAGAGGCAAAUCAUUAUUGCUUGUAGUCUUUGUAUGAGGACUGCUUAAAAUACUGUAAAUAUAGAAAAUGACCAGCCUUCUCCUUUAAAUUAGGAUCUAGUUAAGGUUAUGGUAAAGGUUAAGUAGGGGAGGGGGCAGAGCAACUGGCUCUGGAAGUUUUUUUUUUUUUUUCACCACUACAUUUUAGGCCUCAUGUCAGCCUGCCAUUAAAAUGUGAAUUGUAUGAGGGCAAUGCGGACAUAAAUGCAAAAGCCUGUGACUGGAUGAUAUUGGAUCAUGUUAUACAAGGUAUAAAAAGGGUCUUUUGGGUAACUUUAGUGUUCUUUAACAGAGAAACAUGACCCCAAAAUAACUGAACCACAGCAGCCUUAAAGCUGCUGCUUGUAAAUAAUUCAGCUCUUUACUUUGAGAAUUAUGUCUUUUUUAUUAUUUAGCUUGAGCAACUGCCGCAAUGAAGAAGACCCUAGUCUGAGCUGUCAAACCAGUUCUGUUGUUUUCUGAACAUUCUACCACAAACUAGAGUAGAGGGCCACAUCUCAACAGCUGAAUUGAUCCAGAAUUGAUCAAACAGUUUAAAAGUGAAUUAGUUCAAAUAGCUAAAU